UAUACAGCCUAUUCCUCUUUAAGCAUGUUGAUUUUCUCUAUUGUUGCCACACGGUAGCCAAUUCACAUUUUAUUUUGAAAGUGGUAAUCAGAAAAGCCCGUUUCUAUUCAUGCAAGCUUGACAGGAGGAGCCCAGCACACGGUCCUCCUCCUCAGUUGCAGCCUACAAUUCAAGUGUGCACCAGGAAAAAGAAUGAUAAGGGGGAUGUCUGGACAGUGAAUAUGGGAAGCAAAACCUUAUUGGCACAUAAAGGAUUUUAGAAUGGGAAAACUGGAGUUCUUUUGACCAGUGACAGCUGCAGGUGGAGUGUGUAUUUUUGUUGUUGUUUUUCAUCACAAUGUGUGAGGGAUGGAUGUGGGUCGGGUGCCAGUUUGUUUUCGUUACGGAUACAAGGACUGGCAAGUUAUCAGCAUGAAUUACCGAGGGCAGAAAAACUGAUAUCAAUGUUAAAAUCGACUCUGGAGAGAGGACCAUGGCGAAAAGGAAGGGACUGUUAUUUUCACUGCUGUACUUUAUAGCAGAGUUUUGGCUCACUUCGCAGCAGGUCCUGAGAAUUGGCGGCAUCUUUGAGACGCUUGAGAAUGAGCCCAUUAGCGUUGAAGAACUGGCCUUUAAAUUUGCUGUAACCAACAUAAACAGGAACCGGACCUUAAUGCCAAACACCACAUUGACCUAUGACAUCCAGAGAAUAAACCUAUUUGACAGUUUUGAGGCCUCAAGAAGAGCCUGCGACCAGUUGGCUUUGGGCGUUGGGGCGGUAUUUGGCCCCUCUCACAGCUCAUCUGUCAGUGCGGUCCAGUCUAUUUGUAACGCUCUGGAAGUCCCUCACAUCCAGACACGCUGGAAACACCCCUCAGUGGACAACAAAGACAGCUUCUACAUCAACCUCUAUCCUGAAUACACCUCCAUAAGCCGAGCUGUGCUGGACAUAGUGCAGUACUACAAGUGGAAGACGGUCACUGUUGUCUAUGAGGAUGCAACUGGACUGAUUCGUUUGCAAGAGUUGAUCAAAGCUCCAUCCAGAUACAGCAUUAAAAUCAAGAUCCGCCAGCUGCCAACAGGAAGUAAAGAUGCCCGUCCUCUGCUGAAAGAGAUGAAGAAGGGGAAGGAGUUCUACGUCAUCUUUGACUGCUCUUACCAAACAUCAGCUGAUGUUCUCAAGCAGAUCUUGUCCAUGGGGAUGAUGACUGAAUAUUACCACUUCUUCUUCACCACACUGGACCUGUUCGCCCUCGACCUGGAGCCGUACCGAUACAGUGGGGUCAACAUGACGGGGUUCAGACUGCUCAACAUAGACAGCCCUCAGGUGGCCUCGGUGGUGGAGAGGUGGGCCAUGGAGCGACUGCAGGCUCCCUCCAAAGCUGAGACGGGAAUGAUGGAGGGGAUGAUGACAACUGAAGCAGCUCUGAUGUACGACGCCGUCUAUAUGGUGGCUGCUGCCUCGCAACGCGCCUCCCAGAUCACUGUCAGCUCCCUUCAGUGCCACCGACACAAACCCUGGCGCUUUGGAUCACGCUUCAUGAGCAUGCUCAAAGACGCGCAAUGGAACGGCUUGACGGGACAAAUACUUAUAAACAAGACAGACGGCCUGCGGAAGGAAUUUGAUUUAGAUGUCAUCAGCCUGAAGGAAGAUGGCUUGGAGAAGACAAUCGCGGGCAACAGCCGCCUGAAUAAAGUGUGGAAAAAGAUUGGCGUGUGGAACUCCCAAACAGGCCUUAAUUUAACAGAAAACAACAAGGACUCAUCCACAAAUGUGACCGACUCAAUGGCCAACAGGACCCUCAUUGUCACAACUAUUCUGGAAAAUCCUUACGUCAUGUAUAAGAAAUCUGAUAAGCCCCUGUAUGGAAAUGAUCGCUUUGAGGGCUACUGCCUGGACCUGCUCAAAGAGCUCUCCAACAUUUUGGGCUUCUCCUACGAGGUAAAGCUGGUGUCUGAUGGCAAAUAUGGAGCUCAGAAUGACAAGGGGGAGUGGAACGGCAUGGUGCGAGAACUCAUUGACCAUGUGGCUGACCUCGCCGUGGCCCCUCUCACUAUCACAUAUGUGAGAGAAAAGGUGAUAGAUUUUUCCAAGCCCUUCAUGACGCUGGGGAUCAGCAUCCUCUACCAUAAACCUAACGGCACCAACCCAGGAGUGUUCUCCUUCCUCAACCCGCUGUCUCCUGACAUCUGGAUGUAUGUGCUACUGGCAUGCCUCGGUGUCAGCUGUGUGCUGUUUGUUAUCGCCAGGUUCACUCCCUAUGAGUGGUACAACCCUCACCCCUGCAACCCAGAUUCAGAUGUGGUUGAAAACAACUUCACUCUAAUAAACAGUGUCUGGUUUGGAGUUGGAGCACUUAUGCAGCAAGGAUCCGAACUGAUGCCUAAGGCCCUCUCUACAAGGAUAGUCGGUGGAAUAUGGUGGUUCUUUACGUUGAUCAUAAUCUCCUCAUACACUGCCAACUUGGCUGCCUUCCUCACUGUGGAGAGAAUGGACUCACCAAUCGACUCUGCAGAUGACUUGGCCAAGCAAACCAAAAUUGAGUACGGUGCUGUAAGAGACGGCUCCACCAUGACCUUUUUUAAGAAAUCUAAGAUCUCAACUUACGAGAAAAUGUGGGCAUUCAUGAGCAGCAGGAAAAACACGGCAUUGGUGAAAAACAACCGGGAGGGGAUUCAGAGGGUCCUGACCACAGACUACGCUCUUCUGAUGGAGUCGACCAGCAUUGAGUACAUCAGCCAGCGAAACUGCAACCUCACACAGAUUGGAGGCUUGAUAGAUUCAAAGGGCUAUGGAGUGGGAACCCCGAUUGGCUCCCCUUACAGAGACAAGGUCACCAUCGCCAUCUUGCAGCUUCAAGAGGAAGGCAAGCUGCACAUGAUGAAAGAGAAAUGGUGGAGAGGGAAUGGCUGCCCAGAGGAGGACAGCAAAGAGGCCAGUGCUCUGGGUGUGGAGAACAUAGGGGGAAUCUUUAUUGUGCUGGCAGCCGGACUAGUCCUCUCCGUUUUUGUAGCAAUUGGAGAGUUUAUUUACAAAUCCAGAAAAAACUUGGACAUUGAGGAGGUGAGUGUUGGUCAGUGCGAAUGGCACAACAAGUAUUAACACACUAGGGGCGAAGACUGUUAUGAACACUACUACACAUUUGCGUUGUCAUUGUUGUCUUCAGAGGACUACAGUAAUCACUGGGCCAACAAAAAUUUGAAGUCUGAAUGUGUUGAACUGCAUUGUUACAAUCAAAACAGAAAUACUUUUUAACGCAGUUUAGUGUUUUCAGUAGUUUUGACGUAGAGCACAUGAACAUUUUAGUCUUAAUUGGAAGAAUUUGAAACCCUUUUUAUGAUGACAGAUGGCUUUUAUCUUCUGACAUCAUGACACUUGACCAUCUUGGCCUUGCUGUUUUUUGCAAAAAAUGUAACAUUGUUUUAUGUUGGAAAAAAAAAUUGUCAUUGUGAUGCCAUGAUAGUGUGGGUAAGUGAUGGUAAGUGUUAUCUUUUGAGGCAUGUUUGCCGUAUGAAUUUCAACAACUGCAGUAGGUUUGAGAGUAUUCUGUUAGAAAAUGUUUGCAAUUUUCAUAUUUAUAGCGCACAGAAACUUUGACAUUACAGCACUUCUUCUUAUCACUUUUGUAUGUACUCAUGUAUUUCAAAAAAAAAUCUUGAUUUAUUCAAUGAUGGUUGUUUCCACUUUGUUUAUGAAUGAGUGUUCCCACAAAAUAUUUUAUUCAAGUUGCUUGAAACUCAGGCCAUCAGUUGCUUAAUGUCUAUGCUUUUAUUUUGUUUUGUUUUGCUUUUGUAUCAUAUGAAGUUCAUAAACAUGCAUGUAUACGUUUCGUCAUGUUGGAAUUGUUUCAGAAUGACUAAAGCUAUGUGAGAACAUUACAUCCUUUAACCUUUCA